AAAAUAAAUAUAAUAUAUUUAAUCAAUAUAGUUAUAUAUGUAAAAUAAAUACUAAACAAUACUUUAAAUAAUGUAUUCAAAUAUAAAUAAUAAUACCAAUAGUAAUUUAAAUAAUAGUUUUCAAAGUGCCUCCAAUUAUUAUAAUUUUAAAAAAUAUAAAGAUGUCGAUAAAAUUUCAAUUUUGGUGGAUUGUUUAAUGUUUUGCUGGUAUGAUGAUGUUAAAGAAAACAAUAGUCCAUCUAUAUCUCCAAAGAAUCCUCCAUUAAAUACAAACAAUAGUGCAUUUUUAACAACUUUAUUAAAUUCACUUUGCCGAUCUGUAGAGUCAUUUAUUGUAGAAGCUGUUUUAGAGUAUUGUAGAAUAGUUUAUGACUUGUUCUAUUCAACUAAAUCCGUUGUAGUAUUCACAACAUAUCAAAGCUUACCACAAUUUAAUACUAGAGAACAAACUCAACAAUCUUUAAAAUUAAUUGCUGAAAAUUUUACAAGAGUUAAUAUUAAAGAUACUUUAGAAGGAAAUAAUGAUUCAAAUAAUUCAUCUUAUCAAAACUCUGAUUUUUUUAAAUAUUUAGAUGAUUUGGUUUUAUCUCAUUAUAAAGAUAGUUCAUCCCAAAAGCAAGAUUCACCUCAAUCACCAGCACAACAAACCUCACCACCAACACAGCAACCAAAAUUUAAAAAAGAUUUAAAAACAUUACAGGAAGAGCAAAAAGUUGAAAAACAAAAAAACAUAAUUAUUCUAGUUAUACAAGGCGGCCAAGAGGGAUUAGAUUUAUUAAAAUAUAAAACCAAUAAUAAAAUCAUUGAAAUUGGUCAUGAAAUUAAUCAACUAGUUGCAAAAUAUAAUAGGGCCUUACAGGGAGAGGAGGAUGAAAAGAAAUUUGAAUUAAUUAUUUUAAAAAUUACCAACUCUCCACAAAGAGAUAAAAUUCAGCAAAAUCAAAGAUUCUUAUAUAAAAAGUAUUCAGAUCAUUUGGAUUGUAUUGUAAAAGAAUUUGAUGUCACUUUAUUGUUUAAUGCAAUUUCGGAUUUAGCAUACCUCCAAUUCAAUCUUUCUUCAGUUUUGGUAAAGGGUAUUCCAAUGAAAGAAAUGUCCACAAGAUCGUCAUAUGAUGUUGCUUUACUUUAUCCAACCAGUAGCUCUGCCAAUAAUAAAUUCAAUAAACAUAUAUUCCCUCGUAGGGGUGAUAAUAUGCAAAAGAUACCCAGGGAUUCAGAGGAGUUUUAUAAGAAAUACUAUAGUCAAAUAUCAUCAUUAGAAAUUAGAUCAAGGAAUGAAAUUAUAGUUAAAUGGAAAACAAAUGAAAAGAACACAAACCAAGAAGUUUUGGCUACAACAUGUUCACAUAGAGUAACACCUUUCCUCGUUUCAUCAAGUCCAAGUACAUGUCUAAUGAAAUUCCUUUGUUCUGGCAAAUCAGUUUUUCUUGUAACACCUCCAAAUGAAGAUAUUUACACUCAUGUUUUAACGCUACAUGAGCGUGAGGUAUAUCUUCAUUGUUUACAUAGACCAAUCAAACUACAAGGCUUGGGUCCAAUUUUAGAGCAUUAUGCAAAUGAAGCAGUCCAUUAUAGAAUUAGAGGAUUUCAAGAAUUGGUUGAUAACUCGAUGAUACUAUCAAGAAAUCAUAAUUUUAAAUCGUCUAGCACCAGCACCAAUGGUAGCCCAACAGGCAGCGAGGCAGAGCAACAAUCAACAAAUAGCUUUCAAAACAUUGCACUUCAAAAUCCAUUCUUUGAUGUUGGUCUAUCGGAUCUUGUUGUAUCAACAACAACUUUAUUAAAUAGUCAAUCUAUAAUCGAUGAAAUUUCGUUAAUUCCUAAAAUUAAUAUAGUGGCAUCAAAAAUAGCUGAAAAAUACACAAGAUAUUUCCCAUGGACCGAGGGUGAGACUCUAUUGUUCUCUUUAGAGCAUGAAGAAUUAAAUAAGUCUUUAAUGCAAAUUAAAAAGUUAUUAUUAAAAGAUACACUCUCACCAGAACUUUUAGAUCAAUUCACAAAGAACAUCAAUACAUUAUAUUCGUUAACUCAAAGCAAUGAUCCAAUACUCUUUCCAAACCUAAAAGGAACCGCAGCUGCUCGAAAGGAUUUAUAUCGUAAACUAUGGUUAGAGCUUUACAAUUUCUUUAGAAUCUGUCAAAUAUCUCAAAAUCAUACUGAUAUAUUUAAUGUAAUUGAAAAGAUUGUUUUACAAAUGCAAAUCAUUCAACAACCAUUACAACCUGUUAUUUUACCAUAUCAACAACAACAAAAUCAACAACAACAACAACAACAGCAACAACCCCAAAAUCAAAAUUCACCAUCACACCCUCAACAGCAACAACCAACACCAAAAACUACACCAACCAAGCCAAUGGUUCAAAGCCAAGCAGGUCUUUUGUAUCAAAAUUUAUUACAACAACAACAAUCUCAAAACCAAACACAAAAUACAGGUGAUUUAUGGAAACAAUUUUCAAAGGGUAAAAAACAAGCGAAAGAUGAUGAACUUAGAGCUGAAAGAGAUAGACAAAUGAAAAACACAAAUCCUCAAGGUAUGCCUGUAGGCUAUGACUAUAAUGAUCAAUACAAUCAACAAAACCCGAAAAAAAGAAAACAUCCAGUUACCUUUUCUAAUUCAACUGCUCCAAAACAAAAUAACUUUUUCAGUAAUUAUUGGGAACAAAAACAAAAUAAUUUACAACCCCAGGAAUUAAGCGGUAGACAAAACUAA